AUGAUAGAACUUGAUCUAUUGAGCCAUUACCUUACGCACACCAGCAAGACCAUCCCAUUCGACGCUCUCGAUCUUUACGCUCUUUCAAUAGGAAUACCAAAUCUCGCUUUCAACAACAAGCCCGUGAUGUCGUCUCUAAUAGCUUUGGCAGCAGCAUGCAAGUCUCAUGACAUUGUCAAACAAUCCAAAACACCUCUGGAUAGCGAGGUUUUGAUUGAGGUUCAGAAAUUACUUGAACUUGCCGAGUGCCAUCACAGGGCUUCUCUGAAACAUAUUCAAGCCACCGUGUCUCACUCAGACUGGUAUGAUGAUGUCCUCGCCAAUGCAGCAUUGAUGGUCUUGUAUGCCUCUGCUAGUCACUCCCUCAGAGUACAUCUCGCAGUUACUGCAAAACAAAGAGGCCAGAGGCUCCCAACCGAGCUGCUCCCGCAACAUUCACAAUGGAUCUCAUUCACACGUGCUGCACAUACAGCCUCCACGGCAAUUCUCAAGAAUGCCAUGGAUGCCUCAAAUAGAAACCAGGUUAUGAGCAUCGAGGCGGUUUCUACACAUUCAAGAAACAACUUAAGCGGUACGGACGUCUUGUCACCCCAGAAUGGUCCAUCGGAGCAUACGGAGCGCUUAUUUCUGCCACUGGUCGCAUCGACUUAUAGCCAAGCCCUUGGGAGACUGUCAGAGACAGCCGAUUCUAUAUCAGCUCAUGUGGGGAGAAUAGCGUCUUUUGACUCGGACCUCCGAGAACUUGACGUAUGCUUGAAGACUUUGCCUAUUCUCAGGAAAUGUGCGUCGGACGCCCUAUCCAGAAGAGAAUCUGGUGAAGCUCCCGAGAGCCCCCGACAGGAGGCCCCGUCUUUUGAUGGAUCCUCCAAAGUCUCGCCCUGGGUUGGCAAAUACAUGAUUAGCGUAACAUCCAUGCAAGCGCCCAUAGCACUCCGACGAACUAUCAUGUCCUUCUUGAACGAAGCCCCAUCAGAAUACCCCGGCAUUAUUCAGUCAAUACUAGACUUGCCGAUCGCAGAGGCGAGUCCUUUUGAGAAUGGAAUGGCUCGAGACGCACUAAAUAUUGAUAUUCCCCCGCUUAAUGCGACGCAGCUAUUAGCUAUGGAUAUCUUUGCUCAUUGGCUGGUUCUGGUGAUGCUCUUGGAUGGAGUGUGGUGGAUUGGAGGCAUUGGAGAAUGGGAGUUGGGACAAGUGGUUUCAUUAAUGAAGACUCAGGAAUUAUUUCAUCAAGUGCGGGAUGAUACAGAGACAUGGUGGCCGCAAAGCAUGUAUAUGGUUAAGCUAGAACUUGGAUCAUCUGUCUAG